GUUGAAGACAUAACAAGGAAGACAUUUCUGGCAAGUGAUUUUCAGUGUUAUGCAUUCAUUUGUAACGUUUUGUCGUAUUGUUGUACCUGAGCCUAGAUUACACAAUUGAGGUACCGAUUCUAUUUAUAUAAAUACAAUUAAAAAACAAACAAACAAAAAAAACCAUCUGAAACUGCAGGUUUCCGUGCAACAAAAUACAACGUGUUUAUCAGGUUCGUGCAUUUAAGAAAAGUGUAUUCUUUACCGAACCCUGCACAUUAACCCAUCUGGCAUCUAUAAAGUGUAACACGCAACAAUGAGGACACUAGACGAAGUGCUCGCUACACUGCAGAUUGCUAAACUGAACGUGGAUGACUUGAAGCCUGUCAUUCAUUGUCUCUCAUUCGGUGAGAACGUCUCGUCUGGGGACUACUGUCUCAUGGAGCUAGAUGACACGCUCUGUAAACACAUUGAAGCUGGUAAGAGUCUAGUUAUCAGAGGUGAUAAAGAUGAGCAUGCUGUGUUGUGCAGUGAAGACAAAACGUAUGACCUCAAGAUAGCUGACACCUCAAACCUGCUUCUCUUUAUUCCUGACUGUAAAACACCAGAUCACUUUCCAGAAGACUUACCUUGUCAAAAUCUCAUUCAGUCUCAGAUCUCAGGGUUUUCUAGUUCUUACUGGGAGUUGAGGAGAUGUCGACCAAAAGUAAAGAAACUAAAAAAACUUCUGAUGGACAAUACAUAUGAAGGGCCUGACGGUGAAAAUGAGAAGAAUUCUACUGAACAAAUGUACUCUACAGAUGACUUGUUGGAAACAAUUCAAGCAAGCGAGCAAGAACUGUUAAACCAGCUUCAGGUUAUCCAUGCCUGCAAGAUUGAAGGAUACUGGAGGAUUCUGGAGUUUGACUACGAGAUGAAAAUUAUGGGUCAUAUUACCCAACUAGUGGAUUCAGAAUCCUGGUCAUUCAGUAAAGUUCCUCUGAGUGUUUGUCUAGAGGAGCUUGGGCCCCUUGAACCAAAGGAGAUGAUUGAACACUGCUUGAACUGCUAUGGCAAGCGAUACAUAGAGGAAGAAGCAGGUGAAAUUUACUUUGCACUGAAUGAAGAUAAACUGUGCCGAGCUACAGCACAGAUGCUGUUACAGAACGCAGUGAAGUUUAACUUGUCUGAGUUCCAGGAGGUGUGGCAGCAGAGUGUUGCUGAGGGCAUGACAACCAGACUGGAUCAGCUUAAGGGUUUGGCUCUUGUGGAUCAAUCCUCUAGGCCAGAAACAAUCUUCUUGCUCAAAGUAGAAGACUUGCCAGAGGACACACAGGAAAGGUUUAACUGUCUAUUUGGCAUGAGGGAAAAAUGGACCGAAGAGGCUGUUGCCCCCUAUAUACGAGACUUGUGUGGUGAAAAGCAAACAAUUGGAGCUCUUCUUACUAAGUAUGCUCGUACUUCCUUGCAAAAUGGUGUGAAAGUGUACAAUUCUAGACGACCAGUAGCAACUUAAUCAUCAAAAGAAGUGAGAAAUAAGAUCAACUGGUGCAUAUUUCUGGAUAUCUUUAAGGGUCUCUCUUGGUUGUUAAAUCUGUAGUUAUGCUAUUGUUUUUGUAUCCACGUAUGCACAUGUUCUUCUUACAAUUUUACUUAUUGAACUUCUUUAUAUAUUGUAACUUGUCGUAUGAAGUUAAUAACCCUUCCCAUGCUCACAUCAAUAACGACCCCAAAGAUUCAUGUUCAAUGUCAUGUUAUAGCACAUUGUUUGAAUGUUUUUGUUACAAAAAAUAA